CACGGCAGCGCCGCAGAAGGACAUAGCGCGGGAGUUACGAAGGAGCAGGGAUAGGGGCUUCCCUGGAGUUUUGCGGCAGGAAGCGUGACAGUGCGGCCGUGAGAAGGGGGCAGCUGCUUUUUCAGUUGGGUGCGGAGCGCGCGCCAGCAGGUAAAGCACCAUUGCAUGCAGUGGGACUUACUUCCAGGGAGAAGUGUGAACAAUGGAUGAUGAUGGUUUCAAUUGUCCCUCAGUGGCAUUGUCACUCACAGACAGCUUAGAGAUGGCCAUGGAAGUGGAGAGGCAGUGCUCCAUACCUCCCAGUUUCUCCUGUGCAUCAGACACUAGAACUGGAGGGAAAACCUUUUCUGCUGAUUCCUAUUUAGCAAGUGGGUCUCUUAAGAGGUCUUUGCUGGGGCUAGAUCCCUUUCCAACUGACUAUGAAGAAGACACCAUUGAAUUGUUUGCUUUUCAGUGGGUUACUGAAAUGGCUUUAGUAGAGUCCUGUACGAUUCUCUUUGGAUUAUUUAGGCAGCAAAUACACAAGCUGGAAAACCUCAUUCAGUCAAAUUCAUCUGAUUUUGGUCACGCUGCAAACCUUCAUUGUGAGGCCCAUAAAAUCAGGCAGCAGUGUGCUGAAUUCCUACAGUAUGUGAAAGUUUUCAUCUUCAGGUACCUGGAUCCCCAAGAAGCAGAGGAUGCUAGAUUGUUCCAUCCAUACGAGAAACAAGAAGCACAACUUCCUUCUUUGCUCGUUGAGGAGCUCCAUUCUUUGAUUUUGCAUAUUGGACGUCUGCAUGAACUCCCUGUGUAUAUCCUAGGAGGAUUAACUGUUGUGCCUCAAGCAAAGUUAUUUCCCCCCUCAUGGCAUCUCCUGCAUCUCCACCUAGACAUCCACUGGUCAGUACUGGAAAUUCUUCAUAUUCUUGGCAAAAAGCUGCCAAGGCAAACUGUGUAUGCUCACACAUUCACAAAUUUAACUGGAGAAAAUUUAACCAAUAUCAGUUUGUUUGAAGAACACUGUAGAAACAUCUUGUGUGAUCUGAUAAGCUUGGCAGCCAAAAGGUAUACAAAGGUGAGGCCCUCUGAAGCUCUAACUAGUCAUCUCUACCCUUGCAUCUGUGUGAAAGAGUUAUGGAUUCUGCUUAUUUAUCUAUUAGAUGAAAGAAGUAAAGAAUCCCUUACAGAGUCGUUUUGGAACUGGUUGAGUAAAAUUCUAAAGAACAUGUUUGAAAGAAGCUGCAGUAUGGAAAAAAUAACCACUUUUGAGUCAAUUCUAUGCAAUGAUCCAUUGAGUUUUAAUUGGUGGAUUAUAACUCAUCUGGCAUCAUAUUAUCACAUUGACCGUAAUGGAAAUAUAGAUGAAAAGAAACCAAUAGAAUCCAAUUGGCCCUUUGUAGAAGAUCUGUUGAAGCAGUCCAUCAGUAGUCAAACAACUAUAUUAGAAGAACAGUUACGAAUGCAUCUUCAGUGCUGCUUGACAUUAAGCCUUACAUGGAAUGCAAACCUUCCUACUGUCACCAUUCUCUGGGAAUAUUACAGCAAGAAUCUGAACAGUCCUUUUUCUAUUCCUUGGUUUGGUCUCAAAGGUCUUGCAAAUAUUAGUAAAACAGCUUUGACCAUGUAUGAGUUGGUAAAGAACUGUUGCAGUGAUGUACAUACGUCUGACAUGUAUACAUCCAACAAUAGUUAUCAAUUUUUUCUUCGCAUUUUGGCACAAAUAAUUAAGAAAGCAGUGAAGACCAGUGGUAUUCAUCCUUGGAAGCAGAUCAAAGGAAGAAUUUAUUCCAAAUUCCACCAGAAAAGAAUGCGAGAACUGACAGAGGUGGGACUUCAAAAUCUUUUCCAUCUCUUCCUCAUCCUGGCAGCCAUAGCAGAGACCGAGGAUGUUGCUAGUCGCAUGAUGGAACUCUUGCAUUUCCUUAGCCCAGUUUCCACCAGCAUUGCUCAGAGAGCUCUGAUCUGGAAAGGCUACUUUGCUUUCAUCUUAAUGUAUGUGGAGAAGAACAUGGACAUCAGUGUGUUGGCUGAACAGGUCUCAAAUGCCUUCCGCGAAAAGGCAAAGGAUUUUUUAGUAACCAAAAAUGACCUCAUGCAGAAACAAAAUCUCUGGAUGCUUCUUUCUACUUACAUUGAUGGUGUCCAAGAAGUUUUUGAAACUAGCAACUAUUUGCAACUUUCAGAGGAAAAGCUGCUGAAUGAUGGCUUUAGCAUGCUGCUGCCAGGUUGCCGAGGAGCUGAACUUGUGGCAGUCUUAAACUUUUUGCAGGAUGUUCUAUUCAGGCUGAGGACUGUGCAUAAACAUUUAAACCAAGGACUGCUGUUGGGGAAUACAGACCCAACUCCACAACCAUCUUCAGUGGCGAAAGAGCACCACCUUGCUGUUGCCAGAGGUCUCUGGAGAAAUUUCUUUCCCUACUUGAAGAGCCAGAGAAUGAUGCAGACUCCUCCUCCUCAGCUUGCAGAUACAGCUGCAGGUUUUACUUUGCUGGCUUUAGAUUUGCCAAGCACAUGUACAUCAGAUCUUCAACCCCAACCAGUUUUAACCAUGAUGCAGUUGUUUGGAUGGGAUGAUAUGGUUUGCCCCCAGCUGGUUUCAAGGUAUCUAAGUCAUCUAAUGCAAAACAGUGAGUUGACUGAAACUCUUACUGGUGUGGGUCAUGUGUCCUACCAAGCCUUGUUGGUACGGUCUUGGUUUCGAUGCGUUAUGCAAAUAUAUAUUAAUCAGCCUGCUGAUACUUUGGUCAUUACAGAUGUCGAGCGAACAGCUAGUAAAGCUUAUAUGGAGCAACUAACUGAACUCACGAGAUUGAUACUUAAGCUACCAGAAGUAGGAGCUGUCCUCUCAAAGACUCAUGUCGAUGAGUCACUUGGCAAACAAGAUCCUAAGGAAGCUGUUUUUCAGUUUAUUAAGGCUGUUGGUAAAAACUACAGUGGACUUCAGACACUAUCAGAAAAAUCUGCCAUGGUAACAAAGGCACUAGAAUAUCUUGGUGAUGUAUUAAAAUAUGUAAAACCCUACCUGAUGAAGAAAGGAUCUGCCGAAGGACUGCAUCUCACCUAUUGGAUUAUGGGUCACCUUGUGAAGUCCUGGGCGCCUAUCCUGGUUACUUCCAAAGCACAACAGCUCUUGUUCCGCAUAAUAGAUUGCUUGCUUUUGCCACAUGCUGUGCUCCAGCAAGACAAAGGACUGCCUGCAGCGAUGUUGUCUGCCAUUCGGGAGAAUCUUCCUAUCUUUCUUGAGGGCUUGUCCCUUAUAUGUUACCAGUCCCAGACUCAAGGUGCCUAUUUGAACCAGUUGCUAGGUAAUAUUAUUCAGCAAUACUUGGGACGAUUUCUUCCUUCAUCGCCUUCUACUUCUCGAACUGGACAACACCCGAUUUUGCUGACAAUAUGCAGUUCUGCCACCACCAUCUCAGCAACUUCACAUCUACGUAAAGCUACUACACAAGUCAUUUGUGAAAAUUACCUACAGUUCAAAGGUCAUGCUCCUCCUCCUCGCCUGGCAUCUGUUCUAGCUUUUGUUCUUGAAGUACUUCAGAAGACAAAGAGCACUGAGACGUGUGAUAUUGAGCUGCUCCUCCCUUCUGUGUUGAAAUGCCUUGUGUUGAUUAAUGAACCACAAGUUAAAAAACUGUCUACGGAGAUUCUGCAGUGCAUGGUAGAAGGCUGCCAAGCGGGGUCAGGAGGAAAGCUUGCCACCCAGCUGACUUCUGUGUUUAGGCAGUUUAUCCAAGAUUACACUACUGUAUAUGAUAAUCAAGUUUACAGUAUCUUGGAAGCAGUGGCAGUCUUGGACCAGUCUCUAGUUAUCAGCUUGAUUCCUGCUAUGACAGAAGCCCUGAGGAAUUCUGAGUACAAACAAGGUCUUGGCAGAAACACUGUGCAAAGAGAAGGCUAUAAAAGACUCUUAUCUCAGCUCACAGAAGCUGGACAAAUGGAGAUACUGAAACUGGAAAAUGAGACCCAUUAGCAGCAUCGUGAUUGGUGGUUUGUGUACAAUUAUUGCAUGAGAUGCCAAUAGUUGCUGCAGUGUUCAGUUUCCUUGUCUACGAAUGAACUGUGCUUUUCUGCUUCAUUCCGGAGAGUGGCAUGAGCUAUUCAUCAGCAGCGUUGGUUGUAAUCUUUUAAUAUUGCAGGCAACAUGGGAAAAAGUAGUGUGGAUCUUGUCUCUGUCAGUUGAUGAGCAGGAGCCAUUGAAUCCUGUUAGGAGUUGUCUGAAGAAAAUGCCAACGAGUGUAGGCAGGUUGGUGACUUAAGGUAUUGUUGAAGAUUUUUUCCCCUCUUAAAAAAAAAAAGGGAAAGGGCAGCAGCAAAGGUGUAAUCUAACAGUAAGGUUUUUCUGCUCUAAUGAAUCAAUACACUUUGGCUGUCAGGCCUUUCAUUCUGACAUUCUGAGUGAUGUUUUGCACACGCACACACGUCAGAUGAGGUUGGUGGCUGCAAAGGGUUCAGUCUAAGCAAGACCAGGGUUAGGUCAGGAUGCUUGAGCCACCUUAUGUUAACAGAAGAGCUUGUGUACGCACUCUGUGGAAUAGUGACAGCUGUCCCAGCUCUAUCCCUGUAUUAAAAAUGUGUAGAUAUGUACUGCAGAAUUCAACCUAUAACCCCCUCUCUGUUGUCCUUGUACAUUUUUGCUGGUGGAACAAGCAAUGUUCCCGUUCUUGAAUAACAAGAACUGAUUCAGUUAUAAGAACUGCUACCCAGGUCACUGGGUGCUAGUGUCGUCUAUUUUUUCCUAAGCCUAAAAAAGGAGGGGGAACUUUUAUUUUUAUCAUCACUGUAAUGACCUUUGGCAAGGUGAUUGUUUAACCCAAUUAUAAGACCUGGAGGAUGGAAUGCUGGAACAAAAAUUAUUUUAAGAUAACAUAUGGUUGAAUUUUGUAUAUAUAGUAAAUUGAAUUUGUCAGCUAUUUUUGGAUGUUUAUGAUAUUUUAUUUCUCCAGUUCUGAGUCCUAACCCCUAUAAUAAUUCUUGCUGUAAUUUCCAAAUUCAUUUGAUGUAUGGCAUUCACACUUACAUUAAAUUAUACAAUCUUGUAACUUACAAGAAAUUUGCAUUGCAGUAGUGAGUUAUAUGGACUUGGUAGCAAAACCACUGAAACAAACUGUAACUUUUCAGAGUUAAUGAUGAAAGACUGUUUUUUUGUGUGUCUAUCAAUUACUGCCAUGGAAACUUCCCUAUAAUCUUGUUCAGAGCCUCUCUGUAUUGUUGCAUUAUUCUUAUGUAAAGGAAGCAGAUUAUCUCUUCCCUAAAUCAACUAUCAUUACUUCAGAUAAUACAGUAACUAAAAGCCAUUUUUGGGCUACUUAAUAGUGUAGAGCAUGGAGGUUCUUUUCAUUAUGAAUGUGACUUAUUGAACCUGCAUUGCAGCUUCUUGUAAGCUCCUACACCUGGGAGGAGUCUUAUUCAUCUCAAAACGCCUCCGUUUGGAAAAGGUUUUCUUAAAAAGCCUCUUCAAGUGAGAUGCCUUCGAAAUCUGUGUCUUUACCAUUGCUAGAUAACAAAAACAGAUGUCUGUCUUUAGCAUUACUUCUAGAAAGUAAGUGGACAGAGACUUUUAAGUGAACAGAGAGCAGAUAUUGUAGCAAAUUGUUGAACUGAGUUAUGUUUUUAUUUCAAGAAUAAUUAAUACUUAGCUGGGAUUUUAAAAGAAACAACGUUUUUACAAAUAUAUUUCUUGACUCACAACAAACUACUUUUCAAUAUUUGCAGUUAUGUGGUAAGUUCAAAGGUCUGUUAACACAGCCUUUUAUAUUUAACAUUAUAUCAGUGACCAUUGGCAUAUGACUGUUUGCUGACAUAUGCAAUGUAUAUGAAUGGCAAUAUUGCAAAGGAGGUUCUGUAAAGUCUAUGUUGGGUAUUGUUUAGAGAACUUCUCGAAAGAAUGCAGAAAAUUUAAAACAAACAAAAAAUAUAUAUAGCCAGCCCAAAAUUGUGGGAAAUGUUCUGCAUACAUGCAGGUGCUGUGUUCUGUACAUUGCAAACUAUCUGGAUGGGCCACAUAGGAGCUUGAAGUUGUGAGGAGUUUAUGUUUACCAGCUUAAAAAUGCUCUAAAACCAUAGCAAAUAUUGAACACUUGAUAAUGUUUUAGAACGAUGAUCCUAACUGUGUUAAUAAAAAAGUAAUCUCCAUUGAAGUUAGAGGAACUAGGAUCCAAUUCUAAAUACAUUUACUUAGAAGUGUAUUAACACUGAUUUGUACUGAAGAUCGGAAGCACUGGCGAUAUUUUUAUUUUUAUUUUUUAUUUAACAUAAUUUUAUACCGCCCAAAACCUAUGUCUGGCAUCAGGGUGACCAUUGUGUAAAUAAGUAAAGUGCUGUCGAGUCGGUGUCGACUCCGGGAGACCACAGAGCCCUGUGGUUGUCUUUGGUAGAAUAUAGGAGGGGUUUACCAUUGCCAUCUCCCAUGCAGUAUGAGGUGAUGCCUUUCAGCAUCUUCCUCUUGCUCCCUAGGCAAGUUGUUUCCCUGCUGCACCAUUAGGUGGCUGGCUGUUAAUUAAAUUAUGUUAUUGUGAGUUGCUUCUUCUCCCCAUUAUCCUUUCCAUUAUACUUACUGACUCACAUACCAUGCAGCAUUCCAUGUGCACUUUACAUUGUAGGAGCUGCUUUGACUUCCAAAUAUGAGUUGUACUAUAACGCACUUGUGAAAAUGCUUGAUUUGAAAAUGUGAAAAUGCAUAAUUGCCUGGCUAUUGGGAAAGAAUGGCCAUUGAAAAGAUACAGCAGGGUCUGUGGUGCACAAAAUGCCUGCAGAACACUGUGCAGUAUGUGAACCAAUGUUUUUGUUUUUAUAUAGCAAGACAUAAGAAACGUCCUGCUGGAUCAAGCCCAAGGCCCAUCCAGUCCAGCAUCCUGGUUCACACAGUGGCCCACCAGAUGCCUCUGAGAAGCCCACAGGCAAGAGGUGAGGCCUUGCCUCCUCUCAUGCUGUUGCUUCCCUGCAACUGGUAUUUGGAGGCAUCUUGUUUCUGAGGUUAGUAGCCAUAGAUAGACCCAUCUUCCAUGAAUUUGUCUAAGCCCCUUUUAAAGCCAUCCAAGCUGGUGGCCAUCAACACAUCCCAUAGCAAAGAAUUCCAUAGAGUAAUUAUGUGCUGUGUGAAAAAGUACUUUCUCUUGUCAGUCCUAAAAUUCCUGGCCUUCAGCUUCAUGGGAUGACCCCCUGGUUCUAGUGUUGUGAGAGAGCAAGAAAAAUUUCUCUCUGUCCACCCUGUCCACUCUAUGCAUAAUUUUAUACACCUCUAUUAUGUCUCUCUGCAGUAGCCUCUUUUCAAAACUAAAAAGCCUCAAAUGCUGUAGCCUGGCUUCAUAAAGAAGGUGCUCUAGGCCCCUGAACAUCUUGGUUGCCCUAUUCUGCACCUUUUCCAGUUCUACAAUGUCCUUCUUAAGAUAUGGUGACCAGAGCGGCACACAGUACUCUAAAUGUGGCCACACCAUAGAUUUGUAUAAGGGCAUUAUAAUAUUUACAUUUGUAUUUGCAAUCCCCUGCCUAAUGGUCCCUAGCAUGGAAUCUGCUUUUAAAAAAAAACAAAAACAAAAACAGCUGCCGCUCACUGAGUCAACACAUUCAACAAGCUGUCCACUAUGACCCCAAGAUCUCUCUCUUGGUCAGUCAUAGACAGCUCAGUCCCCAUCAGUGCAUAUGUGAUGUAUAUGUGAAGUUUGUCCCAAUAUACAAUGUCACUGCACACUUGCUUACAUUGAACCACAUUUGCCAUUUUGUCGCCCACUCCCCCAGUUUGGAGAGAUCCUUUUGGAGCUCCUCACAAUCUAUUGUGGAUUUCAUUUUCAUUACCCUAAAUAGUUUGGUGUCAUCUGCAAAUUUGGCCACUUCGGUGCUUACCCCAACUUCUAGAUCACUAGAGCACUGAUCCCAGUACAGAUCCUUGGGGAGGGGGGUCCCACUUCUUAUUUCUCUCCACUGUGGAAACUGUCCAUUUAUUCCUACCCUGUUUCCUGUCCAGUUACCAGUCCACAGAUGAUCCUUUCCCCGUAUCCCAUGGCUGCUAAGUUUACUCAGGAGCCUUUGAGGUGCUCCAGACCCCUGAUCAUCUUAGUUAUCCACAUGCCUGUUGACAUUCUCAAAGAACUCCAAAGAAUUAGUGAGGCAAGACUUGCCCUUGCAGAAACCAUACUGGUUCUCCUUCAGCAAGUCCUGUUCUUCUAUAUGUUUAUUUUGUCCUUAGGUUUUCCAUCCAUUUACCCAGCACCGAAGUUAAGCUGAUCAGCCUGUAAUUUCCUGCAUCCCGAUCCCUUUUUGAUAAUUAGGGUUACAUUAGCUACUUUCCAGUGCUCUGGUAUAGAUCAUGGUUGUAGGGACAAGUUAAAUAUCUUUGCUAGGAGAUCAGCAAUUUCACAUUUGAGUUCCUUCAGAACUCUUGGGUGGAUGCCAUCUGUCCCAGGCAAUUUGUUAAUUUUUAGUUUUAAAAGACAGUUUAGAACAUCCUCUCUCAUCACCUCAAAUUGGCCCAGUUCUUCAGCCUCCAAGCCUGAGAAGCUCGGUUCCGGAGCAGGGAUAUGGUUAGUAUCCUCUGCCAUGAGGACAGAUGCAAAGAACUCAUUCAGCUUCUCUGCAAUCUCCUUUUCCUCCUUAAUCAUUCCUUUCACACCUGCAUCAUCUAGGGGUCCAACAGCCUCCUUGGCAGGUUUUCUGAUUCUGAUAUAUGUAAAGAAGUUUUUGUUAUUCCCCCUGACACUUCUAGUUAUAUGCUCCUCAAACUCUCUUUUUGCAUCCCUUAUUGUCUCCUUGCAUUUGCCAGAGUUUAUGUUCCUUUCUGUUCUCUUCAUUUGGGCAGGACUUCCAUUUUCUGAAUGAAGUCUUCUUCCCUUUUAUAGUUUCCCUGACUUUACUUGUUAGCCAUGCUGGUGUCGUCCUGAACUUGGUGGUACCUUUCCUCCUUCUUGGCAUAAUUCCAAAUGAGCUUCUAUUAUUGUGGUUUUUAUUAAGUUCCAUGCUUUUUCGAGUGAUUUGAUCCUCCUGACUUUCCCUUUUCACCAAUCUCAUUUUAAAAAAAGUUUCCUCUUCUGAAGUCCAACACAUCUGUGUUGGACUGUAUUGGACUUCCUUGACAGUGCUCCACUCGGCAUAUAAGCUGAAUUGGAUCUCACUAUGGUAGCUAUUCUCCAAUGGUUUUGGAAGAUUUAUGUAUUUAAAACAUUUAUACCCCACCUCUCCAGUACAUUACUGCUCAGGGCAGCUCACAACAUUUAUAAAACAGUUACAAUAUAAAAUCAGACUAAUAAAAUUAACCAAAUUAAGCAAGUUAAAAAUCCAAGCUAAAACCACCUAUUAAAAGAAAUAUUUUUGUCUUUUUAAAAAGUACAGCAGUUGCUGCUGUAAUGCCAUAACACUGAGUAGUAUAGCACGCAGCCAUAAAUUGUGAUCCAGAAGUUCCUGUCUUGAGAAGGGAAAUGUUUCAUAUUGACAAUAGAGAAUAGAUACAUGGAUGUAGUGAUGGGAAGGCUUUCUGGGAGGACUGGGACUCACUUAGAGCAACUGCUGGGUGAGUGGGUCUUUCCCAAUAAGGAAAAAAGCCUGGGAAAUUCAAAGCAGAAGGACCAAUCCAGAAGAGUGGGUGGGAACUACACACUCAGCCUCCUACUGGAGAGGAGAGAGAUUUGGACUGUUAGUUCUGUCCCAGGAGUGCCUUGAGGAAGCAGCAGGCUGAGAGCUGCUGGGGAAAUGGGACAUUCACAGACUGUGAGUAACAAGUUAGGACCAGAUCAGUUAGAUGUGUGAUGGAACUUAUUUUUCUUUACUCUGUUGCUUGGAAUCAGAGUUAUCUGAUUUAAUGAAAACUCUCUGUUACAAUCUGCCUUAUGAAGAGACAAUUACUGUUAUUGCAUACAGUUUUUUUUCUUUUUAUUUAAUUAUUUAAUUAUAAACCCUUGUUGGUGAAGUGUGGCUACUCUUCAUUUUGUGUCUGCCUUAGUCACAUUCCUUUUGGAGGCCUAGGACUGCUCAGCCCUUCUAGGGAAGGUUUUGCCACUUGAACCUCCCCCAGGAAUCUUAUUGGGAAAGAGUGGUUUGUCCCACAUUAAAGUAGAGUGGAUGGUGGCAGCCUACUGCGAAUCUCUUGCAGUCAAGUAUUCAUCCCCAGUGAUCGCCCCCUCCCCUUCUCUGGCUCUGGUAGGAGUCAUGAUAAUGGAGAAUAGAAUGCAAAGCCUCUGCAUGUGAGCCUAGAUAUGCCUUUUUAAAAGCCAAUUUUCCUCCUGGAAAGUAGUCUUAUGAGAUCACCUUGCUGUGUAUGUGUCCAUGUGUGUUGUCCCCCCCCCCCCACUCCCCCCCCCAACUUUGCAAUGCAUGGACCAAUUUGGCAAAUUUGUAGUGACACAUUGGUACCUCAAUGGCAUAUUUUAUGAUGUUACCUACCCCAAUUCAAGAUGGCGGACACAUGAAUGUUUUAGGUAGUGGGCUAGCUUGUGAACCACCUGACUGAUUUGCACCAAACUUGAUACACAUGUUAAGAUUAUAGAAGACAUUAAAGUUUGAUAACCCAUAAAUGAAUUCUGGAACCCAUUUCAAGAUGGUGGCUGUAUGUGCCCCCCCCGCUUGUUUUUAACCUACUUUUCUCAUGGGAAGUAGCCUUAUGAGAUCGCCUUGCUCUCCAUGUGUCUGUCCAUGUGUGUUUUGCCUUCUAACAACUUUGCAAUGUGUGGAUCAAUUUGAAUCAAAUUUAGUAUAGUUGCAGUGCACCAUACGGACAUUUCAACAGCAUGUUUCGUAAUGAUAUCAUCUCCUUGCCAUCCUCCACCAAUGUGUGGUGCACCACCCUGCUCUUACAGACAUGGCUCUGGCACUACUGUUUUACUGUACCCUGCAUAUUGCAUUAGGGGUUUGAGAACAAAAAUUGCAUGAAUUUGAAGAUGGUAAUUGUCAAGUAUUAAUUUUAAUAAUUUUAAAAACUUGUUUUAAUAACUUUUUAUUCUAUUUUUAUUGUGUUGUGUAUUUUAAUCUGUGACUUUUAAAUAAAUAAAUAAAUAAAAUAAA